CACUUGAUCGUUGUUUGGGUGCGGCGAGUGACGAAGCAGCGAACGCGUGGGGUAGUUCGAUGCCUGUAAUCUCGGCGAUCUCGCCCAAGUACAAUGAAGGCCUGUCGAUUGAAGCGCUGCACAAUGCAGGGCUCCUCACGGACACAUCCAUGAAGAUGUACACACCGCAAAACCUCACGCGGCUGAAUCGGUUCGAGUCGGUGUUCCAGUUCUUCACCGUGCCCGACUCAUCAAGAGCGGCUGAGAUGUUUCAUAAUUUCAUGGCGUUGUCGGCACUGGUAUCGUGCGGGUCCCUCUUCCUCCGAACGCUGUGUGGCCCGAACCUGGACGAUCUCUACCCCGACUACCCGGCGCUCCCAGACGAGCACACGUACAAGAUUAUCGACGGCGUCUUCACUGUGCUUUUUUCCCUCGACUUUGUCAUCCGACUCAUCAUUUGGCCAAGCCUGUGGCGAAAAUGCGAAGUGCUGCGGGAGCGGCGGCUUUUGCCGUUCGCCCGCGACAUCUUCAACUGGUUUGACCUCCUCGCGCUCGUGCCGUUUUACGUCGACACGAUCUUUGGUGACGGCACGUCGUUUGUCGUGAUGCGAUUGGCACGUCUCCUUCGCAUCUUCCGGCUGGCCAAGAACAACUCAGGGACGUACAUUUUAUUUCAAGCAAUUCGAGCCAGCCUUCCUGGCAUCACGAUCGCGCUCAUCUUUUUGCUCGAAAUCGUGCUGGUCUUUUCAUGCUUGAUGUACCUCUUUGACCCGUGCUACGACAAAGACUCGUGCAUGUUUCCAGACUUGCUCACAUCGGCUUACUACGUCGUCGUUACGGUGUCGACUGUCGGGUAUGGAGACGUCGUGCCAUCGGCGGGGAACGCCCUUGGACGCAUCACAGCGAUCGUGAUCAUGAUCAUGGGCACGCUCUUUUUGUCCAUGCCGCUUGCGAUUGUCGGGACAGAAUUCGACCGGGCGUGGCGAGACCACACGGAGAAGAUUGUCCAGCGGAGUUUGGAGUCGAUGCACGCGAUGGCCGCGGGGCGGGACGCGUCCAAGGCGCACGAUGUCGUCAUGGACGACAACCCGGAGAUUCUGACCAAGUACAUGGCCCCAAACACGGCGUACUUGCGGUUGGCGUCGCUCACAGGCGAAAUGGCGUUGAUUGCGUCGGCCCUUGCUACGGAUCUCAAGAACGAGCCAGACAAUGCCAAGGUGAAACAAGUCGCGCUAGACUUGCACGCGCACAUGCGGCUGUGCCAUGAAAAGUACAAGGAACUCGUGCGCGUGAUCGACGAGAUGGUACACAACGAAGACAACUCCAACAGCAUGAAGCGCACGAGCUUACGCGAGCGCCUUGUCGCGUCGUUCCAGAGCACCAUACGUCGGAGUUUCCACUCGCCGCCGUUGGAGCUGAAGCAACCGACUGUGGAUGAGACUGUGGCACCUCCGCCGACGCCCCCGUCAGGUGGAUUCCAGUAUCGCUGGGUCAUCAUGGUGUUUAGCAUCAUCAUACUGACGUUGCAAACGAUGCCCGAGCUUCAAUUCUAUGGCGAACAGACCGAACUGUGCAAGACGGUGGUCAAAGCAUAUUGCGCGCUGCCGUCCGUGGUCAAUGCGACGGACGACCCGGGGUGCUUUAGCGCAGCCGACCCGACACAACGUCUGGACUUUACGUGCGGCAAGAUCGACGGCAUGAAAACGAUGGCGUCCAACUGCUACGGCGUCCAAAACAAUUUUGGUGCGUUGUACAACUCGUCGCUGGGUUGUCUUUGGGCCGACGACAACUUUAACUUGACGGGCCUUGGGCUGGUCAAGCCAUUUCGAACCAAGUUCGAGCUCGAGGGAACGGAAUCCCGCGUGGAUGUGUGCCAGCGCCGCGAGUGCCAACGCAACCACUUUUACUACUUGGAUCCAUCCAACGCGUGGCCGUUGUUUGAGUACUUUUUCUUUGUGUGCUCCGUCGUUGAAUUCAUCCAGCACGUGUGUGUCACGGGCGUGCGCAAGACGAAUUGGAAGAACCCGUGGCAGUGGCUCGACGCGAUCGCGUUCAUUCCGUUCAUCGUGUUCGAGUUCAAACGGUACAUGAUGGGAAUCACGCCCGCGUACGAGAUGACACCGAGCUCCAACGACAUCUUGUCCACGUUGCGGUUCGCCCGCAUCUUUCGGUGGUUCCAAAUUCAAAAGGAAAUCCCAGCCACUGUCGUCGUCUCGGAAGCCAUUCUGAAGACGUACAAGCGCCUGGUGAUUCCGUACUUCAUGCUAGCCCUGGUAACGACGAUCUUUGCGUUUGUGAUUUACCAGCUCGAAAUGGGCACCGAGUGCUUUGUCGGCGAGCCGUGCGUCGUGAACGGGAAGCUCUUGACAAAGAUGCCAGAAGCGACCAAGCACAUGAAGUACCGCAAGCGGAUCCUGAUCGACUCCAAGGGGAACUUGACCCAGUUUGAGGACGUCUUUUCCGGCAUUUGGUUCAUCAUCGUGACGUACGUUGCACACUUCGGUGGACCUGCGCCAUGACAAACACCACAGGAUCACGUCGGUCGGGUACGGCGAUAUUGUCCCGAUUAACAUGUCGGGCAAGUUCAUCGCAGUAUUGGCAAUGAUCUUUGGCGCGUGCUACACAGCCAUGCCGUUGACGCUGGUCGGGAGUCAGUUCAAUCGAAGCUACAAUGACUAUAAGCGCCGCGAGGCGCUGUCGAAAACAAAGAAGGAUGUGAACACGCGAUUGUCCCUCGCGAUCGACGAGGAGCGGUCGUGGAGGAACUUUCGGGAAAAGCACCUGAUCGUCGAUAUCAAGUGUUCGUUUGAACGAGAGUUUCUGUCGCUACUGGAUGACAACGUGGCGGAGGAAAGCGUGACGUCGGCCGGCCGCGAGGAGAAACUAGCAAUUGUCGUCGCGAUCAAAGCCAACAUCGAACUCUUUAAGGUCUCGGUCCUUCGAACGUCGGCGAUCGUGAGCCGCAUCUACCACGAAGGCCUCCGGCUGGCAAAGCAGCAAACGUUGGCGUUGCAUAAGACGUCGUAAUGGAUAUUGUGUGAGUACUGCA